CCUCUGCCUCACUCAGGCCAGAUGGGGAGGCAGGGACGCUCUGAUCCCUCCCAGCCAGAGGAGAUUUCCGCCCCAGCUGCCACAGCUCUGUGCCCCAGGGCCCCAAAAGCCAGGAGAGGCAAAGAAGUGACAGAAGAGAAGGAGGCUGAGCCACCGAGGGGGACCGGGAGGAGGGGAGCCGUCUUGAGAUUGGUGCCUGGUGCGCUCCGCCCGCCCGGCCCCUCCAUGCAGUUCCCCAAGGGCCCCGCCUGCAUCUUCCUGCGGAAAAGCAUCGCUGAGAAGCAGCGGGAAAGACCACUCGGACAAGAUGAGAUCGAAGAGCUCCGGGAGGCAUUUCUUGAGUUCGACAAAGACCGAGAUGGGUUCAUCUCUUGUAAGGACUUGGGAAAUCUCAUGAGGACAAUGGGUUACAUGCCCACGGAGAUGGAACUGACUGAACUGGGCCAGCAAAUCCGCAUGAACUUGGGCGGCCGCGUGGACUUUGAGGACUUUGUGGAGCUGAUGACCCCCAAGUUGCUGGCAGAGACGGCGGGGAUGAUCGGCGUCCAGGAGCUGAGAGAUGCCUUCAAGGAAUUUGACAGCAACGGGGACGGGGCGAUCUCCCUGGGGGAGCUGCAGCAGGCCAUGCGGAGGCUGCUGGGGGAGGAGCUGAGCGCGCCGGAGCUCGCCGAGGUGGUCCGGGAAGCCGACGUGAACGGAGAUGGCACCGUGGACUUUGAAGAGUUUGUGAAGAUGAUGUCUCGCUGAGGAGGUUCUGGGAACGCCAGCCGCUCCCCGCCUGGUGACGGGGAUCAAGCAUGAGGAUGAGGACAGAAUGCUCUUGGGGAGGGCGGGAGGGGGACUGGGAACUGGAAUGAGGUUGGUGGGAAAGUGAGCGCCUUGCCCUGGUUGGGGGUGGGGGUGGGGGUGGGUGACAUCUCUAGAACUGGAUUAAGGAGGAAGAAUCCAUGAAUGGAAUGGGAACGGGACUGGGGUCCAGUUGCCGCUCCAAAAAUUCCAGCGACGAACGCCAUCUUUUGAGGCCACAUCAUCCCACCUCCCUGCCACCUGCCCGCCUCUCCCCCAGCCUCCUCUUGCGUGGAGUGGUCUGUUCGCCUCACCAAGCUCAGCACGUAGUUCUACCCUCCCCUUCCUCCUCCCUCUGCCUCCCAGCCCUCCCUCCGUCCCGGGGCAAGAGGAGGGCUGCCCAUCGCAGGCCAGACGCAGGGCACCCGGUAAGACUGGGCUGGGAGAUGGUUUGUUCAAGGUGCGCCCACGUGAGUGUACCCUCCCUCUCCUGUCCUUGAUUUCGGCGGGCGCAGUCUGCGUUCCCCUCUGGCUUCCGGCUUCCUUGUCCUGGUGUAAGAGACUCCGGCCACUGAAUUAAACGACAGAUCAGAUUAUCAAGGUUUAGGCUAAGCCGAUCCCCAGGGAACUAAUCCCCCGCGAAAUGUCAUCCUGCAAAGAGAGAGAGGGCACCGCAGCCUCCAAACCCGUGGC